CUUUCCUCGGAAAACAAAAAAACAGAUUCCAUUCAAAAACAUUACACACACUCAGUCACUCACUCCACACACACAUACAGAGACAAUCAAACCCCCAACAAUGGGUUCAUUGAAGCAGCAGCCAUCCUCCCGCUACAACACUCCCUCCUCUUCCUUCCUUUCCUCCUCCUCCAGCCCCAGAUCCUCCGCUAAAUCCGACCCCUCUUCCUCCACUGACACCCUGUUCCUCGCUAGUAAUCAUACUCCACCUUCCUCCUCACGGGCCCUCGUCAAGACCAAGAAUGCCCGCUCCACCCACCACCACCACCACAACUUCACCUCUAUGGUCAAGAAAUUUAUGGAAACAAAAUCCGCCCACUCUUCUUCUUCCUCCAGAAAAUUAUCCCGCAAGGCUUCUGCUACCAACGAACCUCUCAAGCUGACAAUUGCUGCGGAAUUCCUAGCUGAGGAUCUCAAAAAAACCCCCGCAUCCGCCAAAAAGGCAACCCCUCUCUCUGCUCUCCAGAACAAGUUGUUCAAAGGGGGGAAGAGGAAUAACGAGGAGAGCAAGAUCUUGAACGAGAGGAAGGCCUUGACUGAGGUCAAAGGGAAUACCAGAACUCUUGCCAUGGUUUUGAGGAGUGAAAGGGAGCUCUUGAGUUUGAACAAAGACCAGGAAAAUCAGAUUUCUGAGCUUAAGCUCAUGCUCGAGGACAAAAACAGAGAGGUUGAAAAGCUGAAGGAUUUGUGCUUGAAGCAAAGGGAAGAGAUAAAGUCCCUGAAAAGUGCGAUUCUGUUUCCAGAUGUGAUGAACUCACAACUGCAGGAGCUCCUGGCUAAACAAGGUUCAGAACUAAAGGAGGCGAAACAACUUAUCCCUGGUUUGCAGAGGCAGGUCACUUCUCUUACAGGGCAACUACAGUGCCUUGCUGAGGGUCUUGCAGAGGUCAAGGCAGACAAGUGCUCAGUGAGGGGCUGCUUUGAUAAUCAUAGCUCUCCAAGGACUCCAACAUAUGAGCACGAAGAGGCAACUAAUUCCCUGGAGUUCAGUUCUGGUGAUCAUACAGCACCCGGCAGUCCAGAUGACAUGUUUCUCAAAGAUCUGAAUCCCUGCCUAACUCCCUACUACAAAACAAAGUUCAUGGAGUUUGAGAAGCUUGACUUCCCAGAUGAUGAAGGUUUGUUUAGAAAGAAUUUGAAAAUUGGCCAUGAGUCUGGCUUCAAUUCUUGCACACAAAAAUUAUCAAAGAGUUCAGACUGUUGCCAAUGUUCAAAGACAUCAAGCACUUCUGCCCCAGCAGCACGCAGAUCUGAUGGCAAGCAGAUGCAUCAUAAACUUUUCUGAAGCAUGAAAGAUUUUGCUCAUCUUAGACUCCACCAUCAUCCUUCCAAUACUGCCAAUGAGUUCUAUCUUGUCAGAGUUCAGAUUCUUGCCUUAAGGACAGGAAGCAGUUCGCUUCAUGCACAUGAGAACUGAUGAAAGGAAGUGCAACCAAGGGAAAUGGAUGCAUCAUACACUUUUUGAAGCAUGAAUGAUACUUCUCCAUUUUACAUUUUAUCGUUGUCCUUCCAGCAAUGCCAAUGUGUUGUUUAUCUUUAUGUUCUUAAACUUAUAAGGUCAAAUAUGCGCAUGUAAAUUCUAAAAUUGCAAGCCUGCUUUAUGUCUGCGAACACAAAGUGACCUAUAUUA